AUGAAGGACAGAGGCGCGGAGCGCUCUGUGGAAGACCGCUACACGCAGUGGAAAUCCCUUGUUCCCGUCCUCUACGACUGGCUCGCCAAUCACAACCUAGUUUGGCCUUCCCUUUCUUGCCGAUGGGGGCCUCAGGUUGAACAAGCAACUUACAAGAAUCGUCAGCGUCUAUACCUUUCUGAACAGACGGAUGGUAGUGUUCCAAAUACACUUGUCAUUGCAAAUGUUGAAGUUGUGAAAGCAAGAGUUGCAGCAGCGGAACACAUAGCACAGUUCAAUGAGGAAUCACGUUCACCGUUCGUGAAGAAGAGCAAGACCAUCAUACACCCUGGCGAGGUGAAUCGUAUCAGGGAACUGCCACAAAACAGCAAUAUUGUAGCUACUCAUACCGACAGUCCUGACGUCCUCAUUUGGGAUGUUGAAACUCAGUCCAAUCGUCAACCGGUUUUAGGUGCCACACCAUCUCGUCCUGAUCUGAUAUUGACUGGACAUAAAGAUAAUGCUGAAUUUGCACUAUCUAUGUCACCUACUGAACCCUUUGUGCUCUCCGGAGGCAAGGAUAAGUCGGUAGUUUUGUGGAGCAUCCAGGACCAUAUAUCAUCUUUGGCAGCAGAAAAAGGAACGCAAAAAUCUCCAGGAUCUAAAAGUGUUGGGUCCAAUGGUAAACCUGAAAGUACGACAGUUCAAGCUCGAGGGAUUUUCCAUGGGCAUGAUGAUACUGUUGAAGAUGUCCAGUUUAACCCAUCAAGCGCAAUGGAGUUCUGCAGUGUUGGUGAUGAUUCUUGCCUUAUAUUAUGGGAUGCGAGAACAAGCUCUUCUCCUGUUGUUAAGGUCGAGAAGGCGCACAAUGCUGACCUUCACUGUGUUGAUUGGAAUCCCAAUGAUAUAAAUCUAAUUUUGACGGGAUCUGCGGAUAAUACUGUUCGCAUGUAUGAUCGUAGAAAUCUUACUUCUGGUGGGGUUGGGUCCCCUGUUCACAUAUUUGAAGACCAUACGGCUGCUGUUCUGUGUGUUCAGUGGUCUCCUGCUAAGGCGUCCGUCUUUGGCAGUGCUGCGGAGGAUGGUAUCUUGAAUAUCUGGGAUCAUGCAAAGGUUGGCAAAACCGCGAAUCCUGCUGGAAACUCUGGUUCGCCACCGGGCUUGUUCUUUAAACACGCAGGACACAGGGAUAAAGUGGUUGACUUUCACUGGAACGCAGCAGAUCCAUGGACCAUCGUGAGUGUUUCUGAAGAUGGAGAAAAAACUGGGGGUGGAGGUACACUACAGAUAUGGCGAAUGAUUGACCUGAUUUAUCGACCGGAGGAUGAGUCCAAGGCAAUCAUCGUCACGUCUGAGAGGUCGCUGAUUUUCAAUGGCUCGCGUCUCGAGCGGCGGCGCUGUCUUCUCUACAGUCUGUUGUUUCAAGCAAUUGAGGCGGAUGGGCAUCAGGGCUACCCCUUCCUCUCUGUGCGGUCACAGAUUGCCAGUUUGGCUCGACGCUCCUUCGGUAUAUAUGGUUGCGGCGGUGGGACUAUCCGGCGGCGUGGGAGUGGGAGGCUGGGUUUGUCCGCGUCUGGUUGCGGGCGAGCUUGGGCCUUCGUGUCUUCUUCCCAUGUUCCUACCUCCUUGUUCGGCUGCUCUGGAGUUGGUAGCCGGCAAUGGCUUGGCGGCCCCCGCUUUGUUUCGAGAAUAGCAAAAGGUUUCGUACAAGAGACGACGACCAAUUUCGCACAAAAUUGCGACGAUUUCCAUUCGGAGCCCGACGAUAUUGAACAUAAAGAUACCGGGAAACGACGUAAAAGGAAGAGUUACAAUGUUCCAGAAGCAGACGGGAUGCGGGAUCCCGAUUUUCGUGUUGAAAACGAAAUGCAAAUCGAAGUAGAUGCAUUUUAA